AGCGGGGUCGGUGUGGCGGCUGGCGCUUCGCCGCGGUAGCCGAAAUGUUCCCAUCUCGUGGUCCAUGGAGCCCUGGCCGCCAUGUCCGCUGCAACCGAAUAGUUUGUACAUGCACAACACAUGAUUAAAGACGUGUCUACUAUCAGUGGAUGGCUGCAGACAAAUUCUCUCAGAUGGCUCUGUGUGAGGCCCCGCUGUCUCUGUACCUGUGUGUGAGAAGGGGGGACAACUCCCAGCACUCUGCCGGAUCCUGAGCCGCCAGAAUGGGGAGGAUCGGCAUCUCCUGCCUAGUCCCUGCUUCCUGGCAUUUUAGCAUCUCUCCAGUGGGGUGCCUUCGAAUCCUAAAUACCAACUUACGACAAAUUAUUGUCAUCAGUGUCCUGGCCAUUACGGUUUCACUUUUAUACUUUUCUGUUGUCAUAAUUCGCAAUAAGUAUGGGAGGCUGUCCAGAGACAAGAAGUUUCAAAGGUACUUGGCAAGAGUUACUGACGUUGAAGCGACAGACACCAAUAACCCGAAUGUAAACUAUGGUAUUGUGGUGGACUGUGGUAGCAGUGGGUCUCGAAUAUUCGUCUAUUGUUGGCCAAGACAUAAUGGCAAUCCUCAUGACCUGCUGGAUAUUAGACAAAUGAGGGAUAAAAACAGAAAACCGGUGGUGAUGAAAAUAAAACCUGGCAUUUCAGAAUUUGCUACUUUCCCAGAGAAAGUCAGCGAUUACAUUUCUCCACUCUUGAACUUUGCUGCCAAGCAUGUGCCACGGACAAAACACAAAGAGACGCCUCUCUACAUUCUCUGCACAGCAGGGAUGAGGAUCCUUCCCGAAAGUCAACAGAAAGCCAUCCUGGAAGACCUCCUGACCGAUAUCCCUGUGCACUUUGACUUUCUGUUUUCCGACUCUCAUGCAGAAGUCAUUUCAGGGAAGCAAGAAGGUGUGUAUGCUUGGAUUGGCAUUAAUUUUGUCCUUGGGCGAUUUGAACAUAUUGAAGAUGAUGACGAGGCAGUGGUGGAAGUUAACAUCCCUGGGAGCGAAAGCAGUGAAGCCAUUCUCCGCAAAAGGACCGCGGGCAUCCUGGACAUGGGAGGCGUGUCGACUCAGAUAGCGUACGAAGUCCCCAAAACUGUAAGCUUUGCCUCCUCACAGCAGGAGGAAGUAGCUAAGAACUUACUAGCCGAGUUUAACUUGGGAUGUGAUGUUCACCAAACCGAGCAUGUGUACAGGGUCUAUGUGGCCACAUUUCUUGGGUUUGGUGGCAAUGCUGCGAGACAAAGAUAUGAAGACAGAAUAUUUGGCGACACCAUUCAGAAAAACAGGCUUCUGGGUAAACAGACUGGUCUGACUCCUGAGACUCCAUACCUGGAUCCCUGCUUACCACUUGACAUUAAGGAUGAAAUCCAACAAAAUGGACAGGCCAUGUACCUGCGGGGAACAGGGGACUUUGCCCUGUGCCGAGAGACCAUCCAGCCUUUCAUGAACAAAACCAAUGAGACACAGACUUCCCUCAAUGGCAUAUACCAGCCCCCAAUUAACUUCCAGAACAGUGAAUUCUAUGGCUUCUCUGAAUUCUACUAUUGCACUGAGGAUGUGUUGCGAAUGGGGGGAGACUACAAUGCUGCUCAGUUUACUAAGGCUGCAAAGGACUACUGUGCCACCAAGUGGUCCAUCUUGCGGGAGCGCUUUGACCGAGGCCUCUAUGCCUCGCAUGCUGAUCUCCAUCGGCUGAAGUACCAGUGCUUCAAAUCUGCCUGGAUGUUUGAGGUGUUUCAUAGGGGCUUUUCGUUUCCUGUCAGUUACAAAAAUUUAAAGACUGCGUUGCAAGUUUAUGACAAGGAGGUUCAGUGGACCCUAGGCGCAAUCCUAUACAGGACUCGGUUUUUGCCCUUAAGGGACAUCCAGCAGGAGAUUUUCCGGGCCAGUCACUCUCGCUGGCGGGGCUUCUCCUUCGUCUACAAUCACUACCUGUUCUGGGGCUGCUUCCUGGUGGUCCUGCUGUCCAUCCUGCUCUACCUGCUGCGGCUCCGGCGCAUUCACCGGCGGACCCUGCGCAGCGGCUCGGUUGCCACCCUCUGGAUGGAGGAAGGUCUUCCAGCCCAGAAGACGGCCGGCACCUUGUGAGCCUGGGCGCUAGUGGGCCCUAGGAGGACGCUGACGGAAAAGCCAUUUUUUGCCUCAGGGGGUCUCUGUUUUAUUUUCCUUCAAUGUUGUUUUUCCUUUUCCUCUUGGUUCCUGAAACAGACCCAUUGUUUUCAAGCCUUGCUUCCUAGAACUACUGCAUUAAGCUAUUUGGAUCCAGCUUUUAAAUUAAGUCGGGAAAAGGGACAUUCACUUGAUUUUUUUUUUUUUAUACAGAGGUUAUCUGCCAAAAUUUACUACAAAUUUUGGUUCUUCUCUAAGGUGGAUUAACUUAACCAAAUGCACUUUAACUCUGGGGGAACAGAAAUGGCAGCUUCUAUCAAGGGAGGGAGAUAGCGCUGAAGGAAGGUACUUUUACAGAACAAAAACAGGUUGACUGAAAUGAUCCUAUUUUUCCCUCCAUUUUUGAAAGCUCUGGCCUACAGAGGGUAAUGUUUCAUUGUGAUUUAUCAUUCAGGUCUGUCACGGUCUGUUUUCCUUGCAGUUGUAAAAAGUCGGAAAGGUCUGUAACCAAGAGAGAGAAAUACCGGUACCAGGAAGUAAACCGUUUCUUAAAAUUGACAACGGAGAGAUGUGUACAAUGUGAACUGUGUCAGCCCUCUGUGUGCAUGUGGAGAAAAGACAGAGCAGGAUAAGGGGAGGCAGUAUGUUUUCCUUUGCCGUCUCUUCAUUUUACAUAGGAAAGUCUCUACAACUGUUAACACUUUGGUGGCUACAAGUAAUCUCUUUCAUAUCGCUUCCCACCCAAGCCGUUUGUUGUUGGCAGAAGGAAGACUCGCGUCCCGGGCCUGGGCCUCGGGCCCACUCUCGGGCUCCUCCCUCUUCCUUAGGCAGGCGGCUUCCCCGACUUCCUUGCCCUUGGUUUCUGCUCCUGAGUUCAAGUUGACCUUUUUUCUGUAGUUAGGAGUGGUCGCAGCAGCAGGGCACGGUAGACUGCGGCACGUGGUGCUGCAGUGCCUUGUGAGCCUGUCAGUCCAGACUCGCACACGGAGGGACCAUGUGUCCGACGGGCAUCUUGAGCACAGGCCUAAAAAGGACAGCUGACGCGUUGGCGGGUGUGAUGUGUUUGUAGGUGUGGGUGUGUGUGGGUGUGUGCGCGCGCCUAUAUUUUCAUCCCAGAAGAGUUCAGUUCUUUUCAGCGGUAGGGUGUAUGUCAAGAACCUUGAGCUGCUUUUUCAGAAGUCAUUGAUGAGAAAAAUAAUUCGAGCUCCGAAUUUUGAAACCCUUACUGAGGGGGGAGGGCAGUAAAACAGUUGAAGUUUAUCUUAAUGACCUAAGGAGGGCACAUCUGUGAAAGAAAUGCAGAUUCUCUUACUCUGCUCUUCCAAGUGAGCAUCCUAGCAGCGAGGAGAAUCUUGGUAGAGAGUUUGCAGCUCACACACGUAUCCAGAAGGUUGGGGUUCAGAACAUUGUGGGACACGGAAUGCAAAGACCAUGAACGUUUCCCACACACUUUGUGAAGCCCCGUCAUAGGCCUCCGUCGACUCAGAGACCAGCUUUGAAUUGCUGGUCUCCAGCUGUUGAACUCAUUGGUCCGGAGCAAACUCUCUUCCUUCUCGUGAGCCAGCCACAGUUGAGCUGUGUCCGAUAUCUCAGGUGUGGUGACGGCGCGCUUCCCUCAAGUUCUUACAUAAGGCUUGGCCCCUGCAGAUGGGGCCCUUCGUGAUGAAGAGUAAAUACGUUUACACCUUUUACUACCACCAACCUCUACGUACUAAGUCUCCAGAAAAGAGUGAAAAAUGUGAGGCACCCAGAGUGUCAUAUUUUAUUUCUUCAAUCACGGUAGGGACGAGCCAGUGCAGGCUCAGAUCAUUAGGCUCGGUCUGGACCAUUCAGGGAGUGGAGAAGACACACACCGAGGAGCCUGGCCUGAGCCGGACUGCAGGGGCCCUGCUCGAAGCUGCCUCACCAAGCAAGCCUCGGCUGGGGACCCGGCCCAACCCGUACACCGUGGGUUCCCCCACGGAGGAUGCCCUGGGUCAGGGCAGGAUGGCGCUAGCAGGCCCGGGGCCUGGUUCCAUUGAGACCCACGAGUUCGCAUUUACAUUUUUAAAUGUAAGAAAAGAAAAAGAAUACAACAGAAACUAUAUGUGGCCUAUAGACAGUAUUGUUUGGUUAAUUCAGAAAGGCGGUCACCAGCCAUUGGAUGUAAAAGGAUAGGAAAGUGUCCACCUGUCUAUCUUCCAUAGUUUAUGCUCCGUUUUCUAACGAGCCAAGGACUGCGCCCUCCCCUCUCAGCCCCACACUGAGAAAACCGUAGGAAGGGUGGUUGCGCGAUUGAAGCAUCUGCGUCCCAUGGACUGCAGGUGCCCGCCGCAGUCACCCUCUUUCUGUACCAAAGAAGAGGCGGGCUGCGCCUCCAAGUGUGCCCUGCACGAAGUCAGCUGGUCCCCCACUCACUGCCCUGAGCCUAUGCUGACCCUGCAGGGCACGAGACGCAUGGGAGCCACAGGUAUCCCCGACCUCCCGCGGGGUGAGCAGCCCACUGUGUGGGAUAAUAGUAGUCUAGGAUGAGCCGGGAGCCCGUAAACUCCAUCUCCUUGGAGUAGGGGGGUGGGGGUGGGUCCUGGAAAUUGGUAGAAGCCUUAUCCAGUAAAGGACCAUGCUUCUUAGCUUUUCUCAGUCUUAACUGCCGGGGCGUGUUCCCGAAAGACGACGUGCCAUCCAUUUAGGGAUAGACUGGAAACGUACAGACACGGGACUUGACCCCGUGACUUUUUGCACAUUCUCACCGCUAGACUUCUGGCCCCCGGCAGUGCUUCCCACCCCAAGGGUAUGCUGUGGUGGCCGGAGGCUGGCAACUUGGGGCUCUGUGGGGCCAGCCUGGGCCUUCAGAGACUGAGCCACCACCCAUUGCCACAGUGCAGCAGUCGGCAAGCACUGUGUAAUAAACACUCCGUGUUAAAUUCCGACCGGCCUCGGAUAGUUCUUGUUACGAGGAGUAUGUGUCGCUUAUGGAGAAACUAAAAAAGGCCAACAUGCUUUCCAAGCUUCAAAAAGAGAGUCGCUUUAGACCGCCAUGCUGUCGCGUGCAGUGCAGCAGAAUCCCCGCAAUAAAUGCAGCCUGCAGGCCUGUCCGUGGGCUUCCCCUUGCAGUGAGGAUGCGACCAGCCAUGGGGGGUUCUCUGCGCGAUCGCCAAGGUGACGUUGUACCUUAGGAAUUAGAACCAUGAAGGGACGAUGGAGUUCUGUCUUUUACGUUUUUGUUUACAUGACGGUUUCCAGUCAACACGAAAAUAAACAGCUGGAGUAGGGGGUCGUUGGGGUCUCAGGCAGCCUUCUGAAUUGGGGCAGUGUGCUGAUCCACACUUGCACAUGAAGGGUCUUGAGAAUCAACGAAAGGAAAGUUCAUCCAAAUUGCCCAUGGACUGAGUUUGCCUUCUGUAAUUUAAUAACAAUGUCUCUGAUGUUUGAGUCUCAUUACCUGUUCCACUGGUUCAAUGUGAAUAGAAACUCGGUAAAAUAAAGGGUAUGAAUCUCCUC